CAAAUAAUGGAAGUUUGAAAAAAAGUUAAAAAAAUAAAGGUAACAAAAAAGGGAAGGGAUUAGAAUAUGCUUGUGUAUGGUGGAUAUCGCAGCGAAGCCAGACCUUCCAUGCUUAAGGAUGAGAGAGACAGCCCGAGGUGUAGAGAGAGAGAGAGAGAGAGGGAGAUAUGGUGUAAGGGGUUUAACAGAGGGUUUAGUUCUACCAACUGGUAGUUAGAGAUUAAGCUCCUUAACCAAACUCUCCUACACCAGCAAGAACAAGCUCUCGAGUCGCGAAGAAGAAGCAGUAGCGAUACUGAGUCAAGCAUCGCACCAAACUCCUGGAACUCGGGCUCAAACAAAACCCAAAAGAAGAGGGAGGAAAGAAAGAAAGAAAAGAGAAAAUUCUGUUUUACAAAAGGAGAUAGAGAUGGAAAGAUAAAGUUAUCAUUCUUUUGAGUUUCUCACAGAAGCUUUUAAAGAGAGAGAGAUGUUUGCGUAUGAUUCUCACGUGGAGAUUUAAGGGAAUCAUAGAAGGAGAGCACACGAUUAGAAAAAAAGAGAAGAAGGCGAAAAUUCAUAGCUCUUAGAGAUAUAUUGCCCCCCUUUUCUUUUUCCUGAAAGAACAGUAGCUGGGGCUUCUUUAUUUUAAUAUUAUUAUCCUUGGAGCGUAUGUAUGCAUUGAAUUUUCAACGAGAAGCGAGGCCUUGUGUUGUUCUAUUUGGGGGAGUAUCGGGAUCGGAAAGUGUUUUAGUUUGGGGAGGAUUGUGUUCCUGCAGAUCGGUUGGUGUCUCUAAGCUUUGCUGUUCCCCACGACACCCGCAGCUACUACAGAUUUCCAGCACGGAAAUGAAGGUUGCUCUUACGCCUGACCCUUAAAUUCAUAGCUUUUAUCUACUGUCAAGUGUUAUGACUGAGAGUCUUCUACCUGUAAUAGCUUCUUUCAGGCAGUUUGUAAGUUCCGAGGUGACUUCGUGAUCUAAAUCGCAUAACCAGGUCGGGACGUUUUGAGAGUUGAGAAAAAUGGAAGCUUUUUACGCUAGUUCAAAUAAUCAAAGAGAUACCGCGCCAAUGCUCUAUGUAAGGGAACAUUUGCCUAAUUCGUCGGUUCUUCCGGGUAAUAUGAUGAUGUAUAUGAAUUCUGGGUCAUACUCGGAUGCUUUGGCCGGGAAUUCUCAGCAGCAAAACAACUGCAUGGUGAUCCCAUCAUUGGGUGCUUCAAAUUCCGCCCAACAGCAGCAAGAAAUUUUGUCAAAUUUUGGUUCGCGCAUUGUGGAGCAUGAUUUCAAUGCAUGGAGGGAAGGUAGAAAUGAGAUGUUAGUUACGCACACAAUGGGUGGCUCCGCCAGCAUUCUUCACGGUGGGCAAAACUUACAGGGCCAGGGAUUAUCUCUCAGCCUCAGCACACAAAUCCCAUCGGGAAUUCAAAUGCCUUCUAUCCCAUAUCGGAAUCCUAAUCCAGGAUUUGCUUCAAUCUUGAGUCCUAGUUCGUCAGUUUCAGCUGAUAGUGGCGAUAGGAAUGGCUCUUCUAGAGAUGAACAGUUGAGAAAUGCUGAAUACUUGCCUCAUAGUUUUCCUGGAGGAAAUCAAGAUUUAUAUAAAGGGAAUUUAUCUACAUUAGGGAUGUCAAACAUUGUGAGAAACAUUCCCAAUUCCAAAUAUCUUAAGGCAGCACAACAACUGCUUGACGAAGUGGUUAACGUCCGGAAAGCUCUAAAGCAGCCUGAUAGUGCAGAAAAUGAUGGCGCGCAUGAGCAUCAGAUAAAGAGUGGCAAGGAGGGUGGUGGGGGAACAAAGAAUGAAACUACAAUGCCACCCAGUGGAGUGUCUUCAUACCCACACGAGUCAGCCAGUAACUCUCUAUGUGAGCUUUCUCAUGCUGAAAAACAAGAUCUACAAGACAAGUUGACAAAGCUAUUGUCCAUGUCGGAUGAGGUUGAUAGAAGGUACAAGCAGUAUUAUCAUCAGAUGCAGAUUGUGGUGUCUUCAUUUGAUGUGAUUGCGGGAUGUGGGGCAGCCAAACCAUAUACUGCACUUGCCCUACAGACUAUCUCGCGUCACUUUCGGUGCUUGCGUGAUGCAAUCACUGGUCAGAUUCGAGCAACUCGAAAAAGCCUUGGGGAUCAAGAUACUUCAGGAAGCAGUCAAGGAGUUGGAAUAAGUCGCCUCCGAUAUGUGGACCAGCAACUCAGGCAACAAAGGGCUAUUCAGCAGCUUGGUAUGAUGCAGCAACAUGCAUGGAGGCCGCAAAGGGGGCUACCUGAGAGCUCAGUUUCAAUUCUUCGUGCUUGGUUGUUUGAGCAUUUCCUUCAUCCCUAUCCAAAGGAUUCUGAUAAGAUCAUGCUAGCGAGGCAGACUGGCUUGACUAGAAGUCAGGUCUCAAACUGGUUUAUAAAUGCACGAGUGCGUCUCUGGAAGCCCAUGGUCGAAGAGAUGUACAAAGAAGAGAUUGGAGAUGUUGAAAUGGACUCUAAUUCCUCGUCUGAAAAUGCAGCCAAGGCAACAAAAGGUGAUAAUGGGACCUCUGAGGAUAGAGGGGAAGAUUUCCAACAGAGUGCAAGUUCAACAGCCACCGAGAGAUGCAGCAUGGGUCAACUCAUGGACUCCAAACCAGAUCAUGUUCCUGAUGUAGAAAUGGCAGGAUCUGUUGGAGUAGCCAAUUAUCAAAGUGGGACUCAUGGAGAAGCUGAAAAGGAAUAUGGGCUAAUGAAGGGAAGGGAGGAACAAAGGCCUACUAUGGAUGACUGUAAUCUCUUUCCUGAUGCUAUAGUUCAUUCCGAUGCAGCCAGUGAAAGGUACAUGGCGGCUGCUGCUGCAUAUCACAUGUCAGAGUUGGGGAGAUUCGGGGGUGGAAGUGGAGUGUCUCUCACAUUGGGUUUGCAGCACUGUGAGGGUGAUAGCCUACCCAUGUCUGGUGUGACCCAUCGCAGUUUCAUUGCCAUGAGAGGGGACCAAAUUUACAAUGCUGCACCAUCAUCUGUAGGGGCUGAGACGGCAGAUUUUGAGUGCAUGAAUCCUGGUAACCAGCAACACAGGUUCAGUUCUUCCCAUCUAUUACAUGAUUUCGUCGUGUGAGAAUUCAGAUCGCGGAUCCACAUGAUUGAUUUUUGAACUAUUAUUGUUAGCAAGAGGGACAGUAAUUUGCCUGGCUAUGGACUCUUCUUCCAGGAACAUUGAUCUAGCUAGCAGAUGGUAAUAGAAAGAUUGCAGUGCUCCAAAUAUGGUGACACAUAAAAUACAGUUGUAAUAUAUUAAGGAAUCGACUGGAAGAUUAGCAUAUUGUAAAGAUACAUAUUUUUUGCUUGACAUGUUCAAGGAAAUUGUACAAUUUGUGCCUACUUCAGUUUGAAGAAGAAAGAUGCUAUAAUCUGAAAUAAAAGAUCAGUAGAUGUUGGGUGA